UAUUUUAAAUGCACUUCCCGUUGCAUUACAAGAUGAAGAAUCCAAAGAAAAUCAAAGAUAUGCAUCAAGACUAUUACACGAUUUUAUUCGUACACAAAAUACACAAACAACCGUCCAAACUCGUAUGUUAUUAUCAUUUGAAGAAUUAGCUCGAAAUCAACAAUAUGAAAUACCACAAAAUAUUCUCGAUCGUAUUGAAGAAUUUUUAUCGACUAUAUCAAAAGAUGUACAUGAAAAUUACGGCAAAUGUGCAAUGUUAACGUCAUUGUUCUUACAAUUAACAUACAAACAUUACAAAUUAAAUGA